AUGGGAGAAGAAAGUGUGACUUACUCUGAGGUGCAAGUUUUUUCAUCCCAACGGCAGAGGACAGCUAAUGUCUCUGAAAGUAAAGGGACCAUGUGUUCUGGGCACCCGGGCUGUUCUGCUCCGCCUUCUUCAUGGAAGUUAAUUUCAGUGAUUCUGGGGAUCAUCUGCUUGGGGCUCCUUGUGUCUGUUGGAAUCUUAGCCACAAAGUUAACAGAGCCAUGUUCAGGAAAUUUCACUUCCAGUCAGGAAACAGACCAGAAGGGAUUGUUUUCAGGUAAUUCAGGGAUUCCAUCACUACCAACAAAAGUUCAAGGUUGGAAAUGUCACCCUUGUGAAGACAACUGGCACCAACAUGGGGAAAACUGCUACUCUAUUUCUAACAAUAUGAGUCCUUGGGAAGAUUGUGAAGUUCGUUGUUCAGUUUUGCUUUCAAGUUUUCUUAAAUUAGAGACUGAAAAAGAGAUGGAUUUUGUAAAAAAAUUGUCAAUGAUGCAGUGUCAAAAGGGAAAGAUUUGGAUCAGUUCAUAUUACAACAGCAGUCACCUGGAAUCGGCUUCACUAGAUGGCUCAGCUUUUACGGUGGACCAGCACCAGUUAACAAAACCUGACACUGCCAAUAAUCUUUGCGAAUAUAUAAAUAAUGGUCAGUUAUGUGCUGGCAAUUGCAAUGGCCUCGGUCAUUGUAUAUGUAAGAAGACAACAUAUGGAAAUUGA